AUGAAUUCGAUGGAAAACACAAUUUCUCAGAAGGAUUUCGAUUCGAUUGUGAGGUAGGUGCACUGGUUUUUUUUGUUUUGAUUCCGAUUUAGUUUAUUCAACUAUAAAGAAGCGCGAUUGUCGGCAAUUGGAGAUCAGUUCUUACAGGUAAUGGUGCAGAUGUGGUUUUUGAUUUUUCGGAGGGAUUGAUGUGAUGAAGUAUGAAGAUUUACCAAUCAUUUGAUAGAUUAAGCUCUUUUCGUUCUGUUGAGUGUAAAAUGGAGAUUUUGGCUUUCGUAUUUUACUCGGCAAACCCAUUUUUUUGAAGGACUUCAGAUGUGAUGCAGAUUUUUUAAAAUGUGUAAUUUUCCACAAUUUUUCGAAUUUAUGGUUUCUCAAAUCUUUGAAUAGUUUUUUCACGUACUGAAUCCACUUUGUAUUGAUGUUUUCGAACAAUUCAUCUUAUACUGGACGUUUAGUCGGGGUCUUUUCUCCAGCAUUGGGCCUCUAAAAUUAGAUAAAAAACAGGUGCUAAAUCACGUUUAGACUAGUGCUUUCGACUCAUAAUUUAUUUAGAAGCCGUGAGCAUUUAAUUUAUUCAUAAUUUUCAGCAUUUCCGGCAGAAAAAUGCGACUAUGUUAUGCAUGUGUUUGGUAGCCCUAUACGAGGAACAUAGUUUUGUGUCGAAUGUAACGCAACGGCUAACAAUAAGCUACCUGAUAUAUAGGUGAGAUUUUUUGAUUUAUUUUUUUUGUUGUUUUAGGAGAAAAUCGGAAUUUGUAAUAUUAUCCAUGAAACAGCUGAUGUCAGACUUGAAAACGAGAUGUCUUUUCCGACUGAAAAUCGUGUGAAAAAGUCUUAUUUUAUCUUUUUUAAGGUUAAAAGAUCUCUGGAAGCCGCAAAUAACCGAGAAAUCCGGGAUUUUUUCUCAUCCAUACCUAGUUGUUCUUCUAAAGAUAUUCUGGAAUUAUGUCUCACCGACCGGCCUAAACUCGAACGAUCGGAGUUUAAUCCAUUUGCUGGGGCAAUUUCCCAAAAUUACCGCUCAAGAAUGUCAUUUUGUUGGGCGAAUGUUAACCGAGAACCCAAAUGGUUUAGCGGAGCUCUUCGAACAAAGUCCGAUCGCCAUAGCGGAUAACCCGGUAACUGAGCAGGUGAGAUUUUGCUAUUUUUUGUUUGUUUUUAGAUCCUUGUUGACUAUGGAUAAAGUUCAAAUUUCCAGACAUUCAAUGUGAUCCCGAUAAAGACGUUUGUCGAGGAGCAACUCCAUCAAUUCCGAUGUUUUAGUGGGACACCAAGAUCGGCGGAUGCGGAUCCUCGAGUGAUUUCGUCUUUUUCAAUCCUAAACAACCCAAUACUGUUUGCGGAACUGGAGAAGAUCUUAUACACACUGGUACCGCCGAACCGAGUCUCCCAGUCGACCUACAGCCCUCCCAGAUUCAAUGGGUAUCAGAAGCCGGGAGUUAGUGCUCCCGUUGGAAGCCGUGCGGACUCCGGACUAGGACAAAGUGUGGGGCAAUUGCAACGAUCGGACAGCUCAAUAACUCAGAACCUUCCUCAGCAACCAGUCUCCGCCGAAAGAGUCAAUGGAAUCCAGCCGAUCGGCAGCAAUAAUGGACUUGCUCAAAUCACCCCAAUAGGUCAGCCAAUAAAUGGAAAUGGACAAAAUCAGGAGCCCGACAACAAAACACAGGCGUUGCAAUGGCUUCGCAAGAUCACAUCGGGUCAAGCCUUGCAUAAGGGAGAACUCCAACGGCUCAUGUCGAUCCUAGAAGACGACCCGAGCAUCUGGACACUAACCGAGUUUGAUGUACCACAAUUCGCAAAAAUGAUCGAAUUGCAUCCGGAAUUGGCGUCGGAAUGUUUGCUUCAGGAACACAUGAGCCAGUCACCAUUGUUGACAAAGUGAGUGCAUUUUUGUGGGUGAUUUGGAUAAGGGUGACAUUUUAUACGAAGAUUUUGGAAAUUUGGGAUAAUUUGAAAUUUUGGUAUUUUAAUGGGUCAGAAGCUGGGUAAUGGAUGGAAACAAGGUUUGAUUGGAAAAAUGGGAGUUUUAUAGACUAAUAAAGUUGCCUUUGAAGCAUGAAUUGGUAGAUUUUAGAAAGAUUUUUGGAUUUUUUAGGAUUUUUUGAUUUUGUAUGUCUAAUAAGUGAUGCAUCUGGCGAAAAUGAAGCUUUGCUUGAAGAACCAGAUGCCUGUCAGCUGAUAAAAUAAUUUUUGAACUGAAAAAUUACAAGGCCUUUCAAUGUUUAGCCCUUUUCGCCAUAGAACGCCUAAUUUUCGAUGGUUUUAUCAUUUUUCGUUUUUCAGGCAUAUAAAUGUAGUGCUUACGAUGGAAAUAUCGGUGCAGACGAUGGUGUCGGUCAGCAGGUUUAUGUGCCAAUGUGAGAAACUGAAGUUGGCCAUCCCCGGAGACUUCCUAAACGCCUACAUCACAUAUUGUAUCGACACGUGCCAAAGAGCCUCGCAAAACAACCCGUCGGCCGCACAUCGGAUGGUCCGCAUGGUCUGUGUCUUCUUCUUGGCACUGUUGAGACUCGGCAACUUCAAUAUUAAGGUAGGAAUUGGAAUUUUUUAAAGUGGUUAUAUUGGGUUAGAAGGGAACUGGGACGAUUGGGGAAACCGAAAAGUUUUUCUUCGUUGUCAAAAAAAGGCGAAAAAAUCAACUUUUCAGCCAAAAAAUCGGUGUUGCAGUUGAUGAAAUGAUGUUGCAAGUAAUUGUACUGCCUUCUGGAUGAAAUGAAAAACAUUUCGUCUACUUGAUUUGAAAAUAUUUAGCCGAAAAAUUAAAAAAAAUCCAAAAAAUAUACUUAUUGGAAUCGAGCUGGGACGAUUGGGGAGACCGAAAAGUAUUAUUUUUCUUCGAUGCAAGUUCGAGUUAGGAUAAUCGAGGAUGCUGAUUUCGAAAAUGACAUUUAUUUUUUUGAUCUUUACUUUUUUCCUCAAGUAGUACUGUAAAGUAUAAUAGUAACUUUUUGAAUUUUUUUAUACUCGAUUUGGAGGGUUUCGAUGGUGCUGAUUUCAAAUCAGAGAAAAUGAAUAAGAUUUUCGAAAUCCGCAACAUCGAAACCCCACAAAUCGAGUAUUUAUGAACAAAAUUCGAAAAAUUACUACUUUACGGUACUACUUGAGGAAAAAAGUAAAGAUCAAAAAAAAUUAAUGUCAUUUUCGAAAUCCGCACCCUCGAUUAUCCUAAUUCGACACUUGAAUCGAAGAAAAAUAGUACUUUUCGGUUUCCCCAAUCGUCCAACUCCGGGUUGGACUUGAUGUCUAAAAUAAGGGGAAAUUGAUGGAUAGGAGCCUUUUUUAAAAGAUUUGAACGUUAUUUUUGACGAAUUAAUGCAUUUCAGCCCCGAAUCGCCGAAAUAUUCAACUUUGCAACGUUGUUCUCGUCAGUCAAGGAGACGUCGCAGCUCUACCAAGCCAUCACACAACUCAAAAAUUCGACGUCAUCGUGA